CUCUCACCAUGUCCUCUCAAUUUCAGUGGUCUUCUGGUUGCAGUUGAAGGUAAAAGGAGUAUCAGCAAAAAGAAACUAGAAUAUGGUCUCUGCACUUUAAUUCCUUGUCGUAGUUUAUCUGACAGGUCCAAUUAAAAGUUGUCAAACUGAUACAAAGCUCACAAAUAUAAAGAAGCUGCAAUGUUAGAAGAUGAAGAUUGCUGGUAUAGACUUUGAAGGACAGAGAGUGUUACUAAAUUCGACCUUAGACUUGCUCUAUGGACUGCUGACGGGAGAACGCAUUGCCCUGAGUAGACAUGGAAUUGGUGCCAUAAUGGUUCAAGUUACAUACUUUAGAGAAGCUACGGAUCAGGUUUCUUGUUACAAUAUCUCUAUUGCAACAGUUCUUUGCCGUACAAUACCUUUCAAAUUUAAAUUUUGUAUUAGUCUUUUUUAGCGGACAAUCUCUGAAACCCAAGGGGGUUUGAAUUGAAUUUUUUUUGUGAUCGGAUAGCUGACUCUCGACGUGGCUGCAGGUUAGUAAUAGUAAAGAAAUAAUAGAUAAUUAAUAAAACCAAAGUAUAGAGCUAGAGAAUUUUAUCCCGGUUCGGAUCACCAUAUGCAUCAAUUGUUGAUUGCUGAUUUCUCUCCUUCUGCUGAUGCUGUGCAUUUCUGAUUUCCUUGAUUGUUACAAGGUUGCUGACUUUCACAUUUCUGCUUCCCUUGAUUGUUGGUUGCUGACUACAACUGCUUUGACUAUCUUCUAGGAUUGUGUCUUUUUCUUUAUGCUUGCGCUGUCCAGUCGUCUGGGGAUGAUUUCCUUUUCUGGGCAGUGUGCGUCCUUAUUCUUUGAUCCUAUAUUGUUUAGUUAUUAGAUGUUGUCAUCAUUAAAAUGAAAUAUAUGCUAACAAUCUCAACUACUAGUUAUCGACCUCCCAAACUGCCGAAAGUACUUUUUCUUUAUCAGUAACUUUAGUCUGAGCCCAGCUGUUGCUGCACCAUUCAUUAAACAAGAAAGAAAUAGCCGUUUAUCACAUGAUUAUAUUUUUGUUCUCUUCAUGUCAUUAACAAGUUGUCGAGAUUAACAAAGAAUUUUUUCACUGUGUUGGUCACUAUGCAGCUAAUGUCUAAUGGUCUGCAGUCUGCACUUUUCAAUUUUUGUCAAUAUGAAUGUUUUGCCUUCAUACUAACAAAGUAAUGCAUAGUGCAAUCCUUUAACUUGUUAAGUUAAUAAUUGUGUUUGUUAUCAGAAAACCAAAGAUAAAAAAACAUAUAAGAAAUGCCCAAUUUUCCUUGUUUUUGUGGCUCUUCCAUUUGGGAUUCAUCUUAACAAGGGAAAGCUGAAAGGGGUAAAUGAAUUUAGGCAAGACCUUUUGGAAACUCUUAAUUGAGGGAUAGUUAAAUAGUAAAUAGUAAAUUAUUAGGAGUUAAACUGUAUAUAGGAGUCUCUGUGUAUGUAUUAUUUUCUUUUAUUACAAUAUAUUAUAUAUGGACACAUAAUUAGAUCUGUAGAGGAAGAUACUACAUAUAUUUUCUUCUCCAAUUCUUGUUUUUAUAUAGAAUCAGAGCCAAUCUAUCCUUGUUAGUAAUUGUUAUAUAUUGUGUUCCCCAAUGUUGGGCUUUGAUUACAUUGUUCACUCUCCAGUUGACAGGCCUGAACGAUGUGUUUGUUUUGUCCUUAUGUCUAUUGAACAUUUUUUUGUCUAUAAGUUAGUUUUCGGGGUUGAGUUAACUCUAUUUUCUCCGCUUGGAUGAUGCCAAAUUGUAUGAAUAAGAUCAAACUGGCAAGCAAAUAUAUUGUCUCUCUCUUUAUAUACUCAUUUUUCAUCUUCGAACACCAUCAUAUUCUCUCUCUCUUAUUUAACCACAUCUAAUGUGAUUCAACAACGAUGGCUUCUUCAGCAAGAAACCAUCCGUUAGCGAUCACUCUCCUCAUAUUAACUUGUCUGACAACUUCAUCUUCCAGCCAAGAACCUGAAGCCAUUCUCCUCCUCAAGUUCAAGUCUUCACUCACAAACACCACCUCACUUAGCAACUGGGAUCCCUUGGUGCAGCUUUGCAAUGGCAGCGUUUCGAAUUGGAGCGGAUUGCUUUGCUUCAACGGAGAAUUCUUCGGUCUCCGUCUUGAAUCCAUGGGAUUAUCAGGGAAUCUCGAUAUCCACACACUUUCCCAAUUAACUUCUUUACGUACUAUGAGUGUUAUGAACAAUAACUUUGAAGGGUCAUUUCCGAACGUGAGCAAACUUACAGGACUGAGAAGUUUGUUCUUUUCAAAUAACCAUUUCUCUGGUGAGUUGCCAGAUGAUAUUUUCACAGGAAUGUUGUUCAUGAGGAAGAUUUUAAUGGCGAAUAAUGACUUUACUGGCAAGAUUCCAACGUCGUUAUUGGGAAUUCCAAAACUUGUUGAGCUGCAGGUACAAGAUAAUCAGUUUGAUGGUAGAAUACCGGCAUUUGCUCAACAGGAUUUACGAGUAAACGUUGCAAAUAAUAGACUUGAAGGUCCAAUACCACCUCAACUUAGCAGCCAAAGUGCAAGCUCAUUUGAAGGAAAUUUGGGCCUAUGUGGGAAGCCGAUGCCACCAUGUCCACCUUCAAAGUAGAAGAAAGGAAAUAAAGGCGUGCGAAAGUUGGUACCACAGUUAUCUUAAAAAAAAUAAGUUGUUGAAAUGUAGUUGAGUUAUGGAAAAUACAAAGUAUAUGUUAUUUUGUUUUCCUAGUCAUUGAAUAAUGGAAUUACG